GGAAGCUGGGAUGCUGGCCGCUCAUGGCGCGGGUGGCGGGGGCCCUUCUGGAGCCUUCACAGGACACAGGGCGCCCCCAGCUCUUGGCAGGCCUCGCCAGCCCCCCUGCCCCGUGAGGAGAGCGAGGCUCAGAAGGGUGAGCCCCUCCAGAGCUGGAGAAGACGGAGCCAGGGCCCCCAGGGAGCUGAGCCCAGAGCGGCUACACCUGCCUCGUGUCCCCGAGGGGCUCGGAGUCCCCCCAACAUCCUUCACAAAUUCCACUACACCUGGGUCCUGAGGAACUGGUAGUUACUGAUAGUGACGAGCAGAGAGUCCAGAGGCCAUCAGCAGAGGGCUGUCUUCCUCUCGGGGAGGGAGCGCCCAGGACCUGCAGGGGACAGCUGGGCCCCGUCACCCCCGCACAGAGGAAGGCACAGGGCAGGUGUCCCCAGCCCACCGUUGACAGGAAAGGGGAGCCUCCCGAGGAGACUGGACACCUGAGGGGGCCCCGCAGGGAGACCACCAGCCCAGUGGCCCCGGGCACCCCGACUUCACCCUGAAAGUCCAGGGUCCUGAGGAACCUGCCCGUGCCCGGCAGCCGGGGCAGCUGGUCACCCCCCCUGCGGCCCAGGGGCAGGAGGGCCCAAGGGACCCGCGUGGGGCUGAGACGCCACAGGGGCUGCUUGGGGGCACGCCCCUCCCCCGUGCCCCCCGAGCCAGGAGGACCGCUCUGCAGCGUGCUCACAGUCACACCGCGGGCCCGCCACCCUGCUGGCCAUCACGGGGCAGCGGGCACCACUCUUCCCCAGCAGCCUCCCCAGAGCGGCACACACCAGACACGCACCGCGGAGCCGAGUCUUGGGUACGGAGCCCGUGGGGCGGCCCGGCCAGCCCCCGUCCGCAGGCCCCGCGCCAGGACUGCAGCACCCUCCCCCACCGCCUCCGGCUCUGGGAGAACUUUGCCCGCCCCGGGAAAGUCAACAGCCUGAGUGACCUAGGACCCUGCCAUGCUGCCCCAGGCCACGGCUCUGACCCUCCUCUGCUUUCUGCUCAGCCUGCGGGGGUCCCUGCAGGCAGCGUGCCCCCCAGUCUUCCUGCCCCAGGAGCAGGCCCUCAGCGUCCUGCAUCGGCCCCGGCGUGCCAACGGGUUCCUGGAGGAGCUGCGGCCGGGCUCGCUGGAGCGGGAGUGCAAGGAGGAGCUCUGCUCCUUCGAGGAGGCCCGUGAGAUCUUCCGCAACGAGGAGAGGACGAGGCAGUUCUGGGUUUCCUACAAUGAUGGGGACCAGUGCGCCUCCAGCCCCUGCCAGAACGGGGGCUCCUGUGAGGACCAGCUCCAGGCCUACAUCUGCUUCUGCCCCGACGGCUUCGAGGGCCGGAACUGCGAGACGGACAAGCAGAGCCAGCUGAUCUGUGCCAACGACAACGGCGGCUGUGAGCAGUACUGUGGGGCCGACCCAGAGGCCGGGCGCUUCUGCUGGUGCCACGAGGGCUAUGCGCUCCAGGCAGACGGGGUGUCCUGCGCGCCCACAGUGGAAUAUCCGUGCGGGAAAAUACCUGUUCUGGAAAAAAGAAAUGGCAGCAAGCCCCAAGGGCGAAUCGUGGGGGGCCAUGUCUGCCCCAGAGGCGAGUGCCCCUGGCAGGCCAUGCUGAAGCUGAACGGGGUGCUGCUGUGCGGGGGCACCCUGGUUGGCCCGGCCUGGGUGGUCUCUGCUGCCCACUGCUUUGACAGGCUCCGGAGCUGGUGGAACCUGACAGCCGUGCUGGGUGAGCACGACCUCGGCCUCGUGGAGGGCCCAGAGCAGGAGCGGCAGGUGGCGCGGGUCAUCGUCCCUGAGCAGUACGUGCCGGGCAAGACGGACCACGACGUGGCGCUGCUGCAGCUGGCGCAGCCCGUGGCCCUGAGCGACCACGUGGCACCCCUCUGCCUGCCCGACCCAGACUUCGCGGACCAGACGCUGGCCUUCGUGCGCUUCUCGGCCGUCAGCGGCUGGGGCCAGCUCCUGGAGCGCGGGGUCACCGCCCGCAGGCUCAUGGUGGUGCUCGUGCCCCGGCUGCUGACCCAGGACUGCCUGCAGCAGUCACGCCAGAGGCCCGGAGGGCCUGCGGUCACGGAAAACAUGUUCUGCGCUGGCCACGCCGACGGCAGCAAGGACGCCUGCAAGGGGGACAGCGGCGGCCCACACGCCACGCACUUCCGGGGCACCUGGUUCCUGACCGGCGUCGUCAGCUGGGGUGAGGGCUGCGCGGCGGCCGGCCACUUUGGGGUCUACACGAGGCUCUCCCGCUACACGGCCUGGCUACAGCGGCUGAUGGGCCACCCACCGCCCAGGCGGGGCUUCCUCCGGGUCCCGCUGCUGCCCUAGCCCCUGCCCUGCGAAUAAAGCCGCUGAGCGUGCCUGGCGCCCAGGCACCAAAGGCA